UACACAAAGGCAGUUUACGCGCCGUCCCCGCACUCAAACAAAUAACACACACUCUCAGUGCCUUCAAACUCGGAAACCGCUAAAGAAGGACAACCAUCUCGCAUACAUUCAAUCAAUGUCAGCUUACUAUAUAGUCCACACACAUGAAGAAAUAAAUAAUAGCUCCCUUCACCCCUCCAUCCAUCAUCUCAUUCUCACAUUUGCAAGAUGUCAUCUGCACCAGAAGCAGCUCAAUUACCUUUCAACUCCCCAGAGGAGAUUGCAAAGAUUAAUGAAACACUUCGUAAGAAUUUCUUGACGGGCAAGACUCGCGAUUUAAAUUACCGCAAAAAUCAAUUAAAACAAUUAACGUAUCUUUUCAUCGAAAAUCGUCAAGCUAUCAAUGAAGCAUGCAGAAAAGAUUUGGGAAGACCGACUUUUGAAACAGAGUUUGGAGAAACACAAAUUAUGAUCAAUGAUUGCGUUGAAUCAAUUGAUCAUUUAGACAAAUGGGCUAAAACUGAAAAUAAAUGGGCAGGUUUACCUUGGGCAACACACAAGAUCACCGUUAGAAAGGAACCCAAAGGUACAGUUCUCGUUUUGGGCGCAUGGAAUUAUCCUCUCAAUGUUCAAGUUGGUCCAGUCAUUGCAGCGAUUGCAGCAGGAAAUACCUACGUUUUGAAACCUUCUGAGAUUUCUGCUCAUUCUGCUAAAUUGCUUGCCGAACUUUGGCCAAAGUAUAUGGACCCAGACACAGGAAGAGUAGUAAAUGGAGGUAUUCCACAAUCUACCGCAUUGUUGGAUCUUCGUUGGGAACACAUCUUUUACACCGGUAAUGGAAGAGUUGGAAGAAUCGUUGCUGAAAAGGCAGCCAAACAUCUUUGCCCGGUUUCAUUGGAAUUGGGUGGUAAAUCACCCGUUUACGUUGAUGAAGGCGCAAACUUGAACAUUGCAGCUCAUCGCAUCGUUUGGGGUAAGACACUCAACAACGGUCAAACAUGUAUCGCUCCUGAUUACAUCUUAUGCACAGCUACCAUUCAAGAUCAAUUGAUUGCAGAAUUGAACAAAGUUUUGGAAGAAUUCUUCCCCAAGAGCAAAGGAGGUGCUGGUAAAUCUGACUCUUAUGGUCGUAUCGUUAACGAGAACCACUUCAAGAGAAUCUCAGGUAUGAUCACUAAUACCAAGGGUACGAUUACUUAUGGUGGACAAACGGAUGAAUCUCAAAAAUUGAUCGAGCCCACCGUUAUCAAGAUCACCAGCAAAGAAGAUUCACUGAUGUCUGAUGAAAUCUUUGGGCCUGUUUUGCCAAUCUUACCGGUCCGCAAUGUGGAUGAGGCGAUCAAUUUCAUCAACAGUAAAGAUCAACCUUUGGCUCUGUACAUCUUCUCUUCCUCAAAGAACGCAGAAAAAAUCUUAGAUCGUACUCGUUCGGGAAGCGCUGUCAUUGGUGAGACAUUGUUGCAGUUCGCUAUAUCCCAAAUGCCGUUUGGUGGCACAGGCCCUAGUGGUUAUGGUAACUACCAUGGUGAAUACGGUUUCAAGACAUUCUCUCAUGAACGUUCGACUUUGUAUGCACCUGAUAAAGGUAUUAUUGGAACGAUUGUUGAACAUAUCAUGUCAAAACGUUAUCCACCUCAUCAAAAAGGCGCAGCAGAAUACUUUGCCAAGGUUUCCGGCAAGCCAGUCCGAUUCUCAAAGCCAAAGAAUCCUCAUGCCAGCUCAUCACCGUAUUUUGGUGAUGUACUUGAAGCCGAAACUUUGGCGGAAAAGAAAGUGAUAGGCUUAAACCGAGUUUAUAGUGGUGGAGAAGGUGAAGGCUGUGUCUGA